UCUCCAAAUUUCUACUUCACGGAUCCGCUUCAAAGAGGCAGCUGCAGUGGAGAAUCAUGUUAAGCUCGGCUACUGCGGAGAGCGCAAGGUAGCCCAAUGAUGGAUUUUGAUGAGCGUGGUCCCUGCUCCUCUAACAUGUAUUUGCCAAGUUGUACUUACUACGUCUCGGGUCCAGAUUUCUCCAGCCUCCCUUCUUUUCUGCCCCAGACCCCGUCUUCGCGCCCAAUGACAUACUCCUACUCUUCCAACCUGCCCCAGGUCCAACCCGUGCGCGAAGUGACCUUCAGAGAGUACGCCAUUGAGCCCGCCACUAAAUGGCACCCCCGCGGCAAUCUUGCGCACUGCUACUCCGCGGAGGAGCUGGUGCACAGAGACUGCCUGCAGGCGUCCAGCGCGGCCGGCGUGCCCGGCGACGUGCUGGCCAAGAGCUCGGCCAACGUCUACCACCACCCCACCCCCGCCGUCUCGUCCAAUUUCUAUAGCACCGUGGGCCGCAACGGCGUUCUGCCGCAAGCUUUCGACCAGUUUUUCGAGACGGCCUACGGCACCCCGGAAAACCUCGCCGCCUCGGACUACCCCGGGGACAAGAGCGCGGAGAAGGGGCCCCCCGCGGCCGCGGUGACUUCCGCGCCGGCGGCGGCGGCCACGGGCACGCCGGCAACUUCAAGUUCGGACGGAGGCGGCGGCGGCUGCAGGGAGGCGGCGGAGGAGAAGGAGCGGCGGCGGCGCCCCGAGAGCAGCAGUAGCCCCGAGUCGUCUUCCGGCCACACUGAGGACAAGGCCGGCGGCUCCAGUGGCCAACGCACCCGAAAAAAGCGCUGCCCCUACACCAAAUACCAGAUCCGGGAGCUGGAGCGGGAGUUCUUCUUCAGCGUAUACAUCAACAAAGAGAAGCGCCUGCAGUUGUCUCGGAUGCUCAACCUCACUGACCGGCAGGUCAAAAUCUGGUUUCAGAACAGAAGGAUGAAGGAAAAAAAAAUUAACAGGGACCGUUUACAGUACUACUCUGCCAACCCGCUCCUCUAAGGCUCCAGUCAGCUGAAGGGGGGGGGGGCUUCACACAGGAGAUUUUAUGCAGAUUUACCCUUGACAAGGUCAAGGCACAUGAGGUGACUUUUGAAAAACAGGGGAAGCACGAGUAGGGAGGUGACACCACACGGCAAGAGGCCCAGGACUGUUCUGGGCAUCUGUACUUAAAGUUUCUAAUAAUAAUUGAAUUCUGGGAGUUGUGCAUCAAUUGAAAUGGAUGGCAUGUCCCCCCGCCCCCCAGACUCUGGAGCUUGAGUGAGCUGGGUGUGGUCUCCAUCAGGGACUGGGCCGCCUUCCAGGUCCUUUGGAGACUGACCCUGGCCCAGGACCCUCCACAUGGAGCCUGCACACCCCCAGGACUCCUUCAGCAGAAGCUAUUCAUUGACUAAAUCCAGUUCAGUUUAGGGACAAGGGCAGGAGGAGGCAGAGGGAGGAUUCCUACCUGUCCGGAAUGUUACAAAGUCAGUAUGAAAGAUGGCUAGACUAAGAAGUAGAUCUAAAGUAGGAAGGGACUACUGAUCCUUGAGGGGGAGGAAAUGUACUAUUCCAGGUGGCUAGGGUGACUAGCAUCCCUAGUCAUCCACCGACCAAAAUGAACUGUCCAGGCCUGAGCUGUUAGCAGCUACCUCCUCCAACCCUUCUAAUUUUUCCUACCCAUGAAGCUCUUCUUCCUGGUCUAGUACUCAGACCUAAAGCCGGCUGGAAGGCUGGAAGAGCAGACAGCUCUCAGAGAAGAAGACAUCAAAAAGUCAAGAGGCUGAGCAUAGGCCGCUGGUCCCAAGGUCUCUGCAGGAAAUGCCUGCAGAGUGCAGCAGCUUGGCAAAACCUCCACCACACUUCGUGGAAGCUCGGGUUUUUCUCUGCAGUGCAACAGGCCUGCCUGGUCAGUGGUCCCAGGAGUCCACUGACUAUGAGGAGAUCAGUUCCCCUAAAGCCCCAGGUUGGUCCUGGCACCACACUCUGGCCUUCACCACCCCAGAACAAGGCUUGGAAUCUUCUAGCGACCUCCCAAGAGCUGGGCAGGAAACAAUUUGGAAUUAUUUUAAAAGAUAAAUAUUAUAUUAAAUAUAUAUUUCCCUGCAGGAACCAAAGCAAAUUUUAAAAGAUGUAAUGUUGGGGGUGGGGGAUGGGUGAAGAAGAUAAUAUUUAAAGGCUCUGUUUACAGUGUUUCAUGGUUAAAAUCACUCACUGCUAAGAAUAUUUGAAUGUAUGCCUCAUACAGGGAUGGUGUUGAAAAGACUUGUAAAUAAAGGAACCAUAAUCUA